GCCCUGCCUCACUUCUUAUACAGGGUGCAGUGUCCAAACCACAGGUUGACUCAUAGCGACUAGGGCGUGACCGGGCUAUAAAACUUCUGCUGCACUUUUUCACGACCUCUGAACAUUCCCACCUCUCCUCUGCCGACCACCUUCGCAGCACUGCACGUCUAAACGCACCGAAGCCACCAUGCCGUCAGAACUGGAGAAUGCCAUGGAGUCACUCAUCAAGGUGUUCCACCACUACGCCUCUAAGGAAGGCCGGAGCGGCACCCUCAGCCGCCGAGAGCUCAGAGAGUUGAUGGAGAACGAGCUGUCUAACUUCCUCAUUUCUCAGAAGGACCCUGCUGCUGUAGACAAAAUCAUGAAGGACCUGGACACCAACGGUGAUGGCCAGGUGGACUUUGAGGAGUUUGUUUCUCUGGUUGUUGGACUUUCCAUUGCCUGUGAGAAAUGUUAUCAGACGCACAUGAAGAUGCAGAAGAAGUAAACGACAACAGCGGAAGAGAGGAGAAGAAACGAGGAGAAAAAAGUAUUUCAAGUUUUGUAAAGAUAGUUUUGUUCAUUAAAUACACUAAAUAACUUCAAA